AUGGAGGAACGUGCGCGUGUGUUUGCUUGGGCCGACUUGGCGACGGCCCUGUGCCGCUACUCGUGGGUCGUCACGACGUCCACCGCCAUGUCACGCCAUUUGAAUCCGAACAUCGAGGCGGCGAAAAGCCAGGCAGAUGCUGCUCGUUCUCAGGGCAUGGAGUGUGUAAAUCUCGCGCUGAACAUUCAGUCGCACGUGCGGCUAUGGAUUCUGCUCGGCAACUUGAACUUUACCCAUAACGUUAGCAUGGCACAGCACGCUUACAUCGUUGCAAUCGAGGCGAAUCGAAAGAGCCCAGUGCCGUGGUCCAAUCUCGGCUUCUUGUAUUUGAGCGUGCGUGAAGAUGCACUGGCCGAAGAGGCUUUUGCGCGUGCCAAGACGCUUGCUCCUGACUGGCCCGGUAGCUGGCUUGGGUCUGCUCUGAUCCACCGUUUGCACCUCAAGGAUGCAAGCGCGUCGACGCGCUUGUUCCAGCAGGCGUGUGUGCUGUCCAAUGGCUCUCUUCUUGACGCUGAUUACGGCCUUGCGGAAGCCGCGUGGAAGUCCACGAAGCAGAGCAUGUCGAUUCAGCCCAUGCGUGCUAUGGCACCGUUCCUUGCGCUGAAGAGGUACCUAGCUCGCAUUCCGAAUGAUGAUGCUGCGCUGCACCUCAAUGCACUCCUGGCUGAGCAGCUAGGCAGCUCGCUGCUCGCUGCUCGCCAGAUUGAGCGUGCGUCGGUGCUGAUUGAGAGUGAGUUUGAGGCGACUGAGAGUGUCGCAAAUGCAGUCCGCUACGGGAUGGCAUCCCUUAAUCUAGGUCGCAUUCGCCUCGGCAAGGCAGAUACACAGGGCGCGAUUGAUGCGUUUGAGGCGGCUCUGUCGCUCCUCGAGGAUGCGGGUGACGAGCACCCGAUCCCUGCCACACGUGCGUGGAGCGCCAUUGGUCUGGGAUGGGCGCAAUGCCUCGUUGGCGAUACAGCGUCCGGCAUGGCUGGCCUCCAGCAAGUGCUGGCCACUUUACCUUCGUUGUCCUUUGCUGAAGAAGAUAUGCCACAACGUAUUCAUGCCAGUGCGGCGGUCUUGCUUGCCCGCUUCCAGUGGCGCUUGCAGGUACCUGUUGCUGAGAUUGCGGCAGGUCUCGAUGCUGCGUUAGAUGUCGCACCGCAGGAUCCUUUGCUGAUCACAACUCGGGCUGCGCUGGCAUCGGUCGUGGGUGAUGUGUCCCAGUACAACAUGGUCCUCGCGAAACUUGUUGCGCCCCUGCCUCCUGCUGCACAAACUUCGUUGCGCAAUGCCCACAAGACUGCCAUGCUCAGUAUGUUGCAUCUCGCUGCCUCUUUCGACACGCCCACACUGUUACAGCAUCUCGCCUCGUCUUACACUCGUGCUGAUAACACGACCGACACGCUCGUGUUUGUCGCACACACGCAUCUCCGUGUAGCGGCUGGCUGCGCCGUGCAAGGGAAGCCGCUGCCUGCACUGCCACUGCCAGAGGGUCAAGACGGAAAUCUUCUUCCUCUUGCACGGCAGGUGCUCUCGACUGUUGAACAGCGUGCAAGCACAGAAGGCCUCACGCACUGGUCGACGAUGCAGUGGGUCGUCGGACUGGCCGAACUGAUGUGCACCGAACAUGCGACACAGACGACGGUAGACCCAGCUCCUUCUUCAGUUGCCGCACAGCGUCACAGUGCAAAGGCCGUGCACCUCGCGCCAUGGAGCCAGGAAGCAUGGAAUGCGUUACGCGUUGCAUCAGCGGCUCCUUCAGACAAAAAGCCCACGGUCGUGUCGUAA